AUGGCCUCACCCGCGCCAGCUGAAGUAAGCGUCCCGAUCUAUACCGCCGCCCCGCUACCGCCAGGUUGGACUGAGCACAGAGCACCAACCGGACAAUUCUACUACUACCAUGCAGAGUCUGGGGAAUCAACAUAUGUUCGACCAUCGAUCCCAGUCCUGGCCCCAAAGGAAAUAGACCCGAACGUAGCCGCCGGCGGAUCCACUGGAUCAGGAGGCGGGCAGAAGAAAUCGAGCACGGCGGGCAACAAGAAGAAGGAGAAGCCGAAGACCAAGGAGCCGAUCCCGGAAACCGCGUGGAUGAAAGUGACGACGACGGCGGGGAAUGUGUUCUACACCAAUGUGGAGAACAAGACAUCUAGCUGGACGGUGCCGGAAGAGAUCAAGGAGCAGCUCAAGAUCUACGAAGAAGCUGAGGCCCGAAAAGCGGAAGAGACCAGGUUGGCUGAGCUCGAGCGAGUCCGGCUGAAGGCCGAAGAAGAUAAGCGGAUCCACGAGGCUGAGCAGCGACGGAUGAUCGAGCUGGAGGUGCAGAAAGUGCGGGCGGAGGUGGAGGCAGAAGCCGAGCUCCGAGGCCUCAAGCGCCGUAACGAAGAGCCUCCACAUGACCCCGCCUCGGCCAACAAGACUCGCGCGAACCCUCCCGGUGGCUCGGACACUGAUCGCAAGACUAAGGUCGCCAAGCUGGACUCGGCGGCCGAUGAUGAAGACUGGCAGCGCCAGAUCGCCGAGGAAAUGGCCCAAGAGGCCGCACAAAUGUCCCCCACUUCUACCAUCCCUUGUCAGCCCAACCAUCUACCCCCUGCUGCUAUCCCUAAAAAUCCUCCGCCUCCCGCUGGUCUCUCAUUGGAAGAACUCAAGGCCACUUUCAAAGCGAUGUUACUCGAAAAAUCUAUCGAUCCUAUGGCCCCAUGGGACAAUGAACUGCCUAAAUUUGUAACAGAUCCACGCUAUUUAGCUCUUCCCUCUAUGAAAGAACGUCGCGACUUGUUUGACGAGUUUUGUAAAGAGAAAAUUCGGCAACAAAGGGCUGCGAUGGCGGCUGUUCCCAAAGUUGAUCCACCCCGUGCAUAUAGAUCGUUGUUGAUGGAAGUCGUGACAUCGACUAGGACGUUAUGGGAAGAUUUCAAAAGCAAACACAAGAAAGAUUCGCGGUUUAGGAACUUCGGGCGAGAUGAUCGAGAGCGCGAGAAGGCUUUCAAGAGUUGGUUGAAAGAAUUAGGCGAACAAAAGCGACAACAAUUGGCAAAAGCCGAAGCAGAUUUCCGAGGGUUAUUGGCCGAAAAGGCUGCUCCUGCUGCUGGUGCAGCUGAAGAAGAGUAUAAAGAUUUCAAAGAGCGAGUUAAGCAUGAUCCGAGGUUCGUAGCGCUUGCUAGUAACUCUUCCAAAGAAGCGAUGUGGAAGAAGUGGGUCGAGGAUCGAAGCAACAAGGCCGACGAGGAGCAGCGGAAGAACGAUGGAGAAGAUGAGACGAAGAAGAAGGCGGAAGAAGAGGCACCAUCUCCAACCAAAUCACAAAAGGGCUCGCAAAAUGGGACGGUAAGUGAGGCUAUCGAGGACCCGAAGCGCGAGAAACAGAUGGCUAGCUUGAAGGCUAGAGAAGAGCAGGUGCGCGAGAUGAAGAAAAAGGUCGAGAAAGACGCGGCGAUCAAUCGUGCGUUGGUCGACAAAGACCCUCAUGGACUCAAACCCUAA